GAGUUUGGAAAGUCAGAAAAGAGGCUCACAGGUGUUGGGGAAUGACUACUCUUAAACUUGUUUUCUUUCUUCCUUUAAUGGCAAGAAUUUGCUACAGUCAAGAUUACUGUCGCAAUCUGCUCGUUUCUCCUCCAUUGAUUGACCACGCCCUCUUUAAUCACACCCUUCAGAAUAUAACUGACAUAUCAAAGAAGAACUGUUAUAUAAAGUGCUAUGUGAACCAAGCAUGUCGCGCCGUGAACUAUAGGAAACGAGCGAAUCUUGGGAGCUGUAAACUGCUGUCUGCCAAAGCUGGAUCUUAUCCCAAAGAUUUCCUGAAAUUCCCUGGAAUUGAUUAUUACGAAACCCAGGUUUGCGUUCCAAAUCCUUGUCCCUCGGCCAACAUGACCUGUAUUGAGUUAAGUGGGACUCCAAGAUACAGAUGUGAGUGUCCACAGGGAUACACCGGUGCCGCAUGUGAAACAGGUUAUUCCUACGUUGGAUGUUUCAAAGACACGAUUGCUCGGGCCAUCGCGUUACCUUGGAUUCAUCCAUCAACUCUAGAGGAGUGUUUUAAAGAAGUCGCUGUGAUGAGUGUUUUGCCUCACAACAUUUGCAUUGAUACACUGUAUAGUGUGAGUUAAAUUAAUGGAAGAUGAAUAGGAUCAUAACUAAAAUUGGAGGUAUCAGUUUACCUCAUUAUUAUGCAAAAUGAUAGCCAUAGCCGCGGCGAGAGAACCACGCAGAAAACGUUCUUCUGUCGGCCGAAUAAUACUCCUACCUAUGAUUUAUUGCGUUUACUGCAUGCUAAAGGAACCCGGACGCCUUGUUGUAAAAACGAAUUAGUGCGAUCGUGGCGAGAAAAUAUUUAUUUCAAGAUUUACGGCCAACGUCACUCAAACUUUCGCUCUCAUGUGUGCCCAAUCGAUCUGAGAAAGUUGGGAUUUUCGUUAGGUCCGGACGGUGUCAGCAAAAAAGGAAAUACAUCGACAGAAUCUACAAUUGUUUUUCAUCAUUUUGAUGCUUUGAACCAGCGAAUACCUCGUGGGUACCCCAUGGGUACCCCGCCAUUUAGUUUUUGUUUACAUUUUCGCAAGUUACAUGCUGUAUCAUGGAAUCUCACGUCCAGUACCUGAGAGAGUGUUUGAGGUAACUCGCAUACAUCAAAGUCGCAGAAGAAAGGUAGCCGACUAAAACAAGCGGGAAGCAGAGUUGUGGUAAACCUUUUUUGUCUUUUCUUUUCGUUUCGGUUUGGGUGCUACAGUAGCCGUUGCGAAUAAAAAUAAUCGAUGAAAUUGAAAGUGACUGGCCUAGUGAGCACAUGAGUAGGAGCUUAUUUAUAUAUGGGAUAUUUUUUCUUGAGAUACAUGACAAGUGACAUUUUCUGCAGUAUUCUACAAUAGAUCAUGUACCUAUCUUAUACCAUGCUAGAUGGCAACUUUUUUUACGUAAAUCCAGUGCAUGAUGCAAAGUUUGAGUGGAUACUGCCAAAUAAACAAAGCAAUUUCUGCCGUA